CGGAGCGGUGAGAUGGCGUCCAAGGGUCGAGGGGGAGGGAAACCGGUUCCGGAGAGCGGGUCCCAGGGGGACGAUGGUGCCAUUCUGCCCGCUGGCGGCAGGAGAUCGCCCCCUAUCAAAGCGGAUUUGCAAAGUGUGUUGGUCACUAGUGUCCUGAAUUUGGAGAGGCUGGAGGUGGACCUGUACAGAGGAACACACCAAUGGAUCCCGAGGACUCGCAUGUUAUUUGGUGGACAGAUUGUUGGUCAGGCACUGGUAGCUGCUGCAAUGUCUGUACCUGAAAAUGUUUUUGCUCAUUCAUUGCACUGUUACUUUGUUCGAGCAGGUGAUCCCGAUGUGCCAGUUGUAUACAGAGUGGAUCGUACUCGAGACGGGAAAAGCUUUUCUGUUCGUUCAGUGAAAGCCAUCCAGCAUGGGCACCCAAUUCUAAUUUGCCAGGCUUCUUUCCAGAAGAAAAUGGAGAGCCCAAUUCAGCACCAGUUUACCAUGCCGGUGGUUCCUGUCCCUGAAAAUGUAUUGACCCAAGAGGAACUCAUUGAAAAAUACUUGAGAGAUCCAGAUUUAACAGGAAAUUAUAAAAUAGGUCUGACGAAAAUGUUAGCUGAAGAGGUUCCAAUUGAAAUCAAACCCAUAAAUCCACCAGAUUACUACAGACGUAUACCCACGGAGCCUGUACAGAGGUUUUGGGUCCGAGCACGUGGCUACAUAGGUGACGGGAACAUGAAAUUACAUUGUUGCGUUGCUGCCUACAUUUCUGACUAUUCCUUCCUGACAACUGCAUUACUGCCUCAUCUGAACUAUAGGGUAAAGUUCAUGGCAUCCCUGGACCACUCCAUGUGGUUUCAUGCCCCAUUCCGGUCUGACGAGUGGAUGUUAUACGAAUGUGAGAGUCCUUGGUCUGGUGACUGCAGAGGUCUGGUACAGGGUCGUCUCUGGAAGCAGAAUGGAGUCUUAGCUGUUUCUUGUGCUCAAGAGGGAGUAUUUUAUGUGAAGCCAGCAGCCAACAGAAGCAAGUUGUGACUAAAAUGGCUAAUUGCCAGUUAACCUACCUGCAACUUUUUUAGCAUGUAUUUGCCAACAUUUUGUCUAAUUUGUCAAGAGAUAAUACCUGUAAUAUGGUAAACCCUAUUUAUUGUCUGAAGAUUUUCCAGUAAUUCCUAUACAUACAAGAAAAAAAUCUAUGUAAAAUAGUUUUAUAAAAUAGAAGUAACAGACCGGAGAGACUCAGCAGCUCUGUUGUCUUCUUUGGAGUUCCAAAGAACAACAUGCAGGGCUCAAUGGUAAAUCUUCCGUCUGCCUGUCUCUCUGCGCGCGCGCGCACACACACACACACACACACACACCACCACAUCUUAGAUUCUGGCAAACCUGUUGAGUUUGCAUCUGUUGAAUUUUUUUUGGUAGAUGCCCAGCAUUUUUUGCUUUUACCUACCUCUGAUUGAGAUUUUGGCCAUCUGCCCAGGCAUCUCAAAUGUAACUUGGUGUUGUCUCUUGUUUUGUGUUCCCUGUGAAGUACUUGGGAUGUUUCAUUAUGUUAAGGGUCCAAAUAAAUGCAAACUGUUAUCACCAAGGGCCAGUCAGUCUUGCAACAUUUCAAUGCAGCUGGAACAGUUGCAUACGUCAAGUGCUGAGCCUUUACCAGUUCUCGGAUGCAUUGCUGAAAUGUGAGACUGUCAGUGCUUUGUAAAUGAAGAAACCUUCCCCAAACUACACAAUCCAGAAGAGCUUUCUCAAAUCUAGCACUUGCUCUGGAGUUAAACAUGUAAAUUUUUUGACUUUAAGUAACAAACUUAUUACAUCUGUGCCUCCCAUGCCAUUUUACAGGCAAUUGUCUACAUGGGAUUUCCAACUUUUAUUGCCAUGUGCAGUCAACUAACAAUUAAAGUAAUCAGAUGAUUUGGGCAGCAUGUAAUGCACUUGUACAUUCCAGUGUAAGAAAAAAAUCCAAGAAUUAUGCAAAAUGCAAUUGUCAUAUUUUACUAUAAUCUAUACUUUUGAAGGUGUUAGCUUACAGUGUUAUGGCAAGCAGUUUGCCCUCCUGUACCUGUUAAAUUACUGGUUCUUUGUGUUUCUCUAAGCUAGUUUGCUGUGGAAAAUGUCAUGUCCAAACCAAACCUGUUCCUUCUAAUAAUCACAUGCAUAUUUUACAGCUGGCAUCACAGGGAAGAUAGGAAUCCUGUAUUUUCUUUCCAUGCCUUUUUGUUGUUAUUUGAUCCCUUAACAUAAGACCCCAACUGACCUUGGCUGAGACCUGCCAACUUUGCACAGGCCAAGAAGUGAAGUUUGCUCCGCACAGUGAGUAUGACUUAACGUGCAUACAUUAAUAAGCCUCCACCAGUUAUGCUAUGGGGUAUUUCAUUUUGUCAGAUGUUAUAGCAUGUUUAUUUUAUGUUAAUGCAUUGAUAGACACGAUUCAACAAUGAUAGAAUUUUUAAAAAAGUCAAAUUUAAAAUAAGAAUCAAAGUCUUUCACUUCCAGAGGAUUUAGGCAGCAUGGAUAUCAUAUACUUGCAUAUUCCAGUGUAUUUAAAACAAAAUCCCAAUGUUACACAAUUCAAUUUUUAAAUUAUUUUAUUGAAUCAUGCCUGUGGUGGUUGUGGUUUUUGUACUUUUUAUAAACAGUCAAUGUGCUGUGUCAAAUCUGAAUGCUUAGAUUAUAUCAUGUAUACAGCCUGUUUCUGAUAUAUGCAGUUUCUAUUAGAUAGCUGUUGGCACAGAGAAUAUUUAUUUUCUGCACAGACCCUCUUUUGUUUUUUGCAUGACGCCGAGUGCUGCUGUUCUCACAAGGCAUGUUUUGCAUGCUCAAUGGUGAGCUUGUUAUUGGCAUGAUACAAGAACAUCUGCAAGCGAGGACUUAAGUUAAAUGGGAUCAGAGUUGCUGCAUUGGAAAUCUUUCCUACUGUCCGAGUGCCUGUAUCCUAUAGUCAGGAAGAGUAGAAAAUGCUGAGGGUAAGACCAGAUGGCAGAAAUGAUCACAGUGGACAAAGAAAAAUCAGCCAGUUCAUCUCAGACCAAUGUUAUUGAUCUGAAUCAGAUGCUGUAGCCACAAAUGUCAUCCAGGCCAGACCUUAGCAUAGUCUGAAAUACCCUAGAGGCAAUGACAACAGCACUUUUUUUUUAAUGUGCUGGUGCUAGCUUAUUAAACUACUAAUCCCUUUAUAAUACUUCAAUAAUUAUUUUAAUGUUGCGAUUGAGGGAUAAUACCUCUGCCUUCCUCUUUUUGUUGUAAUCCUCAUUAUCCACAUUACCAUUUGCCCUCUGGUAUGGAAACAAUCUUUUGUUUGCACUUUUAAAACCUUUCAAAACCCUUCUAGAAUUUGAAAACUAUGUAUCAAUUUCCUCCCUUCUAUUUUCUGGAUUGAAUGGAGGAAGCGGAGAAGAUAUUUAGUUUUCACUUUCAUUCAUUACUCUCCAUGUCCAAGGUUGAAGUACAACUUUCGUGACCAUAGGAUUUUACUAUGUUUAUGGGAUGUUCUAUACAUUAUCACCAUCCUGAAUGAUGUGAGAGCCCAGUACAAGGUGGGCAAAAGAUUCUUUUGAAGCAUUCACAACAAUUUUUAGCGAGGAGUGCCAAGUGGAUGAUCCAUAUUGGCCACCUCCUUGUGGUACCAGCGUCACAGAUACCAGGCUUCAUCCGAUUUAGAUUCAUUCCAUGAGCUAUCCACAACAGUUUGAAUACAGUGGAUACUGUAAAGACUCUGGGACCUAACAAUUUUCCAGCAAUAGGAGAGAAGAUUGUGCUCCACAAAAGGUCUAACCAAGCUGUUCCAAUGCAACCAUAAUGCUGGCUUUGAACCAAUGGUCUUACUUCCAUGUUAAAAGAUAUAGGAAUAGAAGUAGGCCUUCCAACUCAUUCACCUUUUCCCAAGGUAGGCAAAUCCAAAACUGGAGGAUAUGGGUUGAAGUUGAGAGGGAAAAAGAUUAAGAGAGCCCUGAAGGGCAACUGUGUAUGGAACGAGCUGCCAGAGGAGGCGGUGGAGGUGGGUACAACUGCAACAUUUAAAAGACAUCUUGAUUGGCACAUGAAUAGGAAAUGUUUAGAGUGAGAUGGGCCAAAUGUUGGCAAGUGGGAUUAGAUCAGGUUAGGAUGUCUGGUUGGUGCUGAUGAGUUGGACCAAAGAGCCUCUUUCUGUGGUGUACAAUUCUAUGAUUCUUCUCUUCCAAUCAAUAAGUUCAUGGCUGACCUGAUAAUCUCAAUCUCAACCCCUAAGUCCUCGACCCUUGCUUCCUGUACUACUGAAACAUAGAUGUAUUGCAGCCUUGAAUAUAUUGACCAACACAUUUUUUAAAGCACCCUGCAGUGAUUAGAGGGUAGGAAGAAAAAAAAAUCAUGCCUUAAAUGUGUGCCCCCUUAAUCUUGAUUAUGCUAUUCAUUUCCAGCAUCCCCACAGGGGGAAACAACCUUUCUGCAUCUGUUCUGUCAAGACACUUUAGACUCUUUUAUGUUUCAAUAUUUUUGCCUCUCACUCAUCUAAAUGUCAAUGAUUAUGAGCCUAACCUACUCAGCCUCUCAUAAGACUGUCCUUCUAUACCCAAGAUCAACCUCUUGAACUUCUUGACUACCUCCAAACCUAGUAUGUCUUUGCUUGGAUAAAGGGACCAAAAACUGUUCACUGUAUUCCAUGAUGUGUUUUAUAUAGUUUUAGCAUAAUCCUUCUAUUUUCAUACUCCACGGUUUUUCUAUCAAAAGGGAAAUAUUCCACUUGCCUUCCUUAUUACCCAUUGAACUUAGAAGCUAGCUUUUUAUGGUUCAUGCAUAAGGACCUACAAAUCUUUGUUCUGCAGCUUUCUGCAGUCUUUCUCUAAUUAAAUAAUAUUUAGUUCUUUUGUCUUCCAGUCAGUUAUGUAACCUCACAUUUUCCUACGUUAUAUUCCAUCUGCUAAGAUUCUGCCCACUCGGUUAAACAGGCUGUCUAUUUCCCUCUGUAGGCUAUUUCUCACCACUUGCCUUCCCACCUAUUUAUUGUCAUCUGUAAACUUGGCAACAAUCCUUUCACUUCUGUCGUCUAAGUCAUAAAUACACAUUGUUCUUAAUUGUGUCCAUGAUAAUGAUCCUGUGCCAAUCCGGUAGUUAUGAGUUGCUGUCCUUUAUUCCCUCUUCUAUUAGUUAGUCAGUCCUUUAUCCAAACCAUCCAGGAUGAAGCAGCCUGCUUGAUUGGUACCAACCUCCACCCCCUGUUUCUUUUACACUUGGAAGCAGCAGUACCAUCUACAGGAUAUGCUGCAAAAAUUCACCAAAGCUCUCUUGCACCUUCUAAACUUGUGCUCAUUACCAUCAAGAAGGAUAAGGGCAACAGAACUUGAAUGUGACUAGAACUGUAUUCCUUUCCAAGCCACUCAGGAUCCUGAUUUGGUAAUAUAAUGUUAUUUCUUUGGUCACUGGAUUAAAAUUUUGAAUCUCUCUCCUUAACUGUAUUAUGGGGGUACCUAUUAUCAGAUUGACUGCAGAGGUUCAAAAAGCAGCUCACUACCACCUGAAUGGCAACUAGGGACGUACAAUAAAUGCUAACCCAGCCAAUGAUGCCCACAACCCAUGAAUUAAUUUUUAAAAGAAAAUCUAUUGACCUUUCCCAGUUGCCAGGAAGACAAUUAAGAGCCAACCACAUUGCAGUGGGUCUGGAUUUACAUGCAGAUCAGACUAAGUGGAGAUGACAGAUUGCCUUCUCAAAAGGACAUGAAUAAACAAGUUUUUAUUUCUUUCUUAGAAACAAGAGAUGGUAGGUACAUGUUCACCAUUAGGUGUUCAUUAGGCUACUUUUUCAUUUUAAUUCCAACUUCUUAUUGAAUUCAAAUUUCACCAUCUGCUAUGGUGCGAUUCAAACCCAUGGCCCCCAGAAUGUUAGCCUGGGAUCCUGCAUUACUAGCCUAGCUUCAAUACUAUGACACAACUCCCUCAAACACGAGUGUCUUCUGUCUCUCCUCCCUAACCUUGGCCCUGCAGCAGAAGAGGCAGAAAUGGGUCUGAACAUUAUCCUCAAUUUCAGUGUGAAGCUAUUGUACUGUGCAGGAAGAGUCUAUUUUGCCCACUUGCCUAUACUGGCUCUUUAGGUGGGUUAUUUAAUUAGUUACACUCCUCUUCCUUCACAACACAUUUUCCUUUUAAGUAUAGUCAAAAUUCUCUUCUGUAAGUUGCUACUACUUUUGCCAAUUGCUUGGGGUACGUUUGUACCACAUCUUUUGGCUAUGUUACAGCUCUGGCUGGUUUGUUGUUGUUGUUAAUAAAUCUGCUUCCCCAACAUUUGUUUUCCUUUUGGUUUGAGAAAGCCUGUACACUCUUGCAAUCACAAUGUAGAGGUUUGUGCCUUUCUCUGUCAUUGAAUCAGAGAUUUGUGGGUGAUUGAGUAGAGAUAUUUAAGAAUUAUGCAAUGGGACCACAUUUAACAAUUGCAAUACUUGAGAAAGUAAAUUCAGAAUUAAUAUAGGAAACAAAAUUAUCUUAAAUGAACAUUUAACGGCCUGGAACAACUUCAUCCACUUUAUUUUUAUCACCUUUAUACAAAGCACCAUGCAGAUAUUGAAUAGUGUAUAAAUCUAUUUAUUCAAAAUGCAGAUAUCCAGAUAAAUUAAUAGUUGGAGACAUUAAAUUCCAAACAAACUGACAAACAGUAAAUAAAUGUACAGAAAAUACUGCAUAUGGGGUGAUUAGUUACAGGUUUGGGUUGACUUCAGAGGUAUAUAAAAUCAUGAGGGGCAUAGAUAAGGUGAAUAGCAAAGGUCACUUCCCUAAGGGGUAUACUUCUAACGUGAGAGGAGGAAGAUGUAAAAAGGAUAUGGAGAUAGCUUUUUUACACAGUGGUUAGCAUGUGGAAUGAACUACCGGAAGUGGUGGAUGCAGGUACGGUUACAACAUUUAAAAGACAUUUGGAUAAAGGCAUGAAUAGGAAAGUUUUGGAGGAAUAUAGGCCAAACACAGGCAGGUGGGACGAGUUUAGUUUGGGAACACGAUAGGUGUGGACUAGUUGGCUGGAAGUGCUGUUUCCGUGAUGUAUGACUCUAAUAAAUUUAGCACUGAGCAGAAAAUCAAUACACUGCAAAGUUCCAAUUUGUACCUUAUUAAAAAGUGAAGCAAGUUGUACUGUGUUUUAAGAAGAACAUAAUUAUUUAUAUUCCAAUAAAAUAGAACUAAUUGUUACUGAUCAGUUAUGCCAUGUCUAAUAUAGCAAAAUAUCAUUGAGUCCCUUUUACAUAAAUAAUCACUCUACUGCAUUUUAUUAAAGUGCCUUUUAUAAUGGGAUCUGUUUUGAAUUUCCCUUAACAUGCAUACAUUGAUAAGACAUGACCAAGUGUGAUAAAACUAAAAGCAGACUGGAGAACAUACAUGUUUAAAACUCACUUGCUUGAAAAUCACAAAAUAUUAUUUAUAGAAGGAAAAAAAUUGCAUUUAUGCAUCACGUCUUGACCACUCAAAUUUAAAAUUGUAGGGAAACAUAGAGUUUGUACACAACAAGAACCAACGAACCAUGAAAUAAAGAAUUUUUUUUUGUUGGUUGAAAGUUGGAGAUUUUCCCUAGCAGUGCUAAUGGGAACUUAUAUGCAACUCUUCACUGCCAACACCCAGCAAAAUUGCAGUUUUGUUUGAAGCAACAUUUUCAGAAACCCAAAAAUCAUUCCUGCUGUUAAUAAUUCAGAUACUUGGUUGAUGCUAAAUGAAACAUCUGCAUCAGGAUCUUUAACCAGAAAAUAAAACCAGGAGAUCUGAAACUAGCAGCACAGAAAAAGUAGUUGGAACACAAGUUGAAUGUAGGGAAAGGAAAUAUCCUUGGGAGAGCAAAAACAAAUUGUGUGCCAACAAUUAUUUAAAUAAAUCAAAUGAUCUAAACAAUGGACAGAAAAUUAGAGUGCAGUUUUGUUGAAUCCAUGCUUAUUGCAUUGAAUGUAAUGCAACAAUGCUCGAAAAUGUGACACCUGACUUUCAGUUUGUCUGAGAGACGUUAAAGUGGCCUGAAUACUGGUUUUGAAAUAUUGAAAAUGGGUCUACAUCAAGGCAUUUAUGAAACCCAAAGAUUGUAAGGCCUUCUGCAGGAAGCUAAGUCAGCACUUUGCAAUUAUGCAAUGAUGUGAAUUCAAUCUCUAGCAAAGCCUUUUUUUUAAAAAUGCCUGAGUAGGAGGGAAGAUUUUUGAAGUUUGCAGGUAGUUUGAAAAGCAUGUUUAUAAUAAUUUAGAACUUUGCCUGUGCACUGCAAGCAUGAAAAGAUUGCUAUUUGGCAAGUGAAAUCUUAUAUGCAUUCAGAUAAGUUCCAAGAAGUGCAUUGUCACUGACAUUGGUGUGAACUGAAGUGUCAGAAAAUGGUUGUAAUAAAACAUUUUGAAGUAAAUGACUAUUGGCCAUAGAUGGUCUAAAUAGUGCUUUUGCUUUUAUACAGUAGCUGACAACAUUUCAAUUUCUGGACAGGCUUAAAGCAAGGGAACUGCCUCAUGCUUCAAUUAAAUUUAGUGUCUCAAAUACAAGAACAGAAAGUUUGUAAAAGUCCUAGGGAUACAAAUUGGGUGAAAUUUGGAGGUUAACACACAUACAGAUCACUGAACUCCUUUGUCAAGUAGUUACUUCCCAGUGGGUACAUUUUGAAACUCAUCCCAGUAAUGCCCUUCAAUGAAUUUCGUUAAUUAAUCAGCUAGACUUUAGAAAAACGGUGCUAGAAAGUAAAAAUCAAAAAUCAUUUAAACAUUUAACACAGAUGGGACUGUGUUUAAAAAAAAAGUGAUGAGACAAUCAAGCGUUUGGUGGUGUAAUCUGCAAGAUACUGUAAUCCAACUUUACUGUUACACAAAAAAUACAUUAUUAUUGCUGUUACAAUGUUACAUAAGGUUAAUUAAAACACAAAACUAUAAUUACUAGCUAAAGAGACUUAAUUUUAAAAAAAAUCAGUGUUUCACUAGAAAUAACAAACCUGAAUUUCUGAAAGAUCCUUUACUUUGGUUCAGUGACAGUUCUUCAGCAACUAAACUGCACACUGACUCGAGUGUGCUAUUGGACCAUUAGUGCAGGUCAGUCUAAUCACGCUGAGAUGUAGCAAACCAUAUGUUUAAUUAGCACUUAUUUGAAAAUUUAU